AUGUCUCCCAAACCUGACGUUGUCGUGCUCGGUGCCGGCGUCAUCGGCCUCAGCAUUGCUCUCGAGCUCGACGCUGCCGGAUUCAGGGUCGCUGUCGUGGGCAAGGACCUUCCUGGUGACAGCAACGCCGUCGACUAUGCGUCGCCCUGGGCCGGAUGCCUGUGGUUCAGCUACGACACCGAUACCACCAAGCCUGUCUACAAGCGCGAUGUGCGCACGUUCCAGCGCCUCCAGGAGAUGGUCCACACGCGUCCUGACCUCGUGCAGUGGUAUCCCAUCCUCAGCGUCUCGGGGUCGCCCAUGUCCAAGGACGACCACCCAUGGGCCGACGACGUCAAGGUGCUUACCGCCAAGGAUGGUCUCCCCGGCGGUUUCGCCUACGGCACCGAGUGCCAGACGCUCAUGAUGAACGCGCCCCAGUACAUGCUUUACCUCGGUGAGCAGGUGCGCGCGCGCGGCAUCCCGAUGGUCAAGAAGCGCCUCAACUCGGUCGACGAGGCGUACUCGGUCUUCGGCAAGGUCGAUCUUGUCGUUAACGCCUCGGGACUCGGCGCGCAGGCGCUCGUUGGCGCUGCCGACCCAGCCGUAUACUCGGCCCGUGGCGUGACGGUUUUGGCGCGCGCUCCAAAGGUGACCCGCGCUGGCCAGGUCAUGGACGUCCUCAAGGCCACUUUUGCCGGCGGCGAACAGCCUCCUCCCACGUACAUCCUCCCUCGGCCCGGUACAGACGGACACGUCGUCCUCGGUGGAACUUAUGACGCGGAGAACUACUCCCCCUUGCCGAGCACCGAGAUCGUUGAAGGUAUCCUGCAGCGCACGUUUGCGCUCGACUCCAACCUCGCACCUGGUGGCACCUGGCGCGAUAUCGAGGUCCUCGGCGUGAAUGUUGGGCUCCGGCCGUCGCGUAAGAACGGCCAGCGCGUUGAGUUGGAGCACCGGAGGAUCGGCGACGGCGCGACAGCCGCGACGCCGACCGCGAGCCUCGCCGACCGCGGGCGCAGCGUCGGCGUUAUCCACGCGUAUGGGUUCGGAGGUGUCGGGUUCAUCAGCUCCCUUGGCGCGGCCGAGGAUGUUGUGGCGCUGGCCAAGGAGUUUAAGACCGGCGCACCGGCUCGCCUCUAA